AUGAGGGGAGUAAACCCUCCUGUAAGGAAUAAGACAGGCAUCCUGGGCUGGAGGAGUGAGAAGACGGAGAUUGUGAAUGGAUAUGAAGCCAAGGUGUAUGCAGCGUCCAACGUUGAGCUGAUCACCAGGACCAGAACAGAUCAUCUAACGGAUCAGAACAAGAACAAGACAAAAGGUGGCAGGACUCCGCUGCAGAACUUCCUGGGGAUCGCCGAGCAGCACAUGGGCCCAAACAACGGGGCUCUGGUGACUCAGAUGUCGACCCCGGCAGUGACGAACCCUGCGGCGCUGACGGCCGAGGAAUACUUCAACCCUGGCACCAUGCAGAUGCUGAGGGACAUUGGCCACCCGUGCCAGCUCACCACCAAGACCCAGAGGUUUAAAACCAAGCUGUGGUUGUGUGAGUCCCAUCCUCUGUCCCUGGCAGAACAAGUGGUGCCCAUCAUCGACCUCAUGGCCAUCUCCAACGCUCUGUUCGCCAAGCUGCGCGACUUCAUCACGCUGCGGCUACCACCUGGCUUCCCCGUCAAGAUCGAGAUUCCUCUGUACCACAUCCUGAACGCCAGGAUCACCUUCAGCAACCUGAACGGCUGCGAGGAGGGGCCCGGGGUUCGUUCUGACAACGACAUCGGGAUAGAUGGGGACGGACAGAGGGACACCCAGAGGACAGGCACCGCUUCGCCAGGCAGCGACUCCUCCAGCGUCUCCAGCUCCAGCUCCACCAUGUCGUGCCGAGCCGGAGAGAUCCCCCCGUGUGUGUUCGAGCCCCCGCCCAGGUACACCAUGCAAGGAGGCAAACAGCGAGACAGCAUGAGGGGGGAGGAGGAGGAAGACCUGCUGCAGUUUGCGAUACAGCAGAGUCUGCUGGAGGCCGGAUCUGAGUACGAUCAGGUGACCAUCUGGGAAGCGUUGACCAAUAGCAAGCCAGGAACGCACCCCCUGGCCUGCGACCCCAGUCGUGUAGAGAGGACCCCCCAGAACAAGCCCCACCCUCCUUCCAGCAUAGGCUCCACCCCCUCCAAGAAGCCACCGCCCACCUGCAGCUACAAUGAGCAGCUGCGCAUUGCCAUGGAGAUCUCUGCCCGAGAGAAGGAGGAAGCAGACUUCCGGCGGCGGCAGGAAGAGGAGGAGCUGCAGCGCAUUAUCCAGCUGUCUCUGAUGGACAAGUGAGAGUCUGCAGAGACAGAGGGUGGGGGCGGGGUUUGAACCGAGGACAUGUGGGAGAAAAGACAAAUGGCUACUCUACAACUUAAAGCACAUAAACUGUUUUGUGGGUUUGUAUGAUCAAAUCCCCCGCUUCUCUCUUCUCCUACCGUCUUCUUUGGUCGAACUUUCCUACGAAGCCAUACGGUGAUGCAGCUGUCAGGCCUUUAAACAGCCAGAGGGGUACCCCAUGGUACGUUACUGAGCCAUGCCAGUUUACAACAAACAACAACACAUCCAGUUCAAUCUUAGUGGAAUGCUUUUGCAGAAAAAAUAUCUCUUUGCAAUUAUGUUUCAAAACCAGCUCUCUGCACCAAAACACAACGUGUAAGGCCAACUUCCUGCUCCAGCGUUGACACACACACGCACACACACACGCACACACCAAUCCCUUUCCAUCAGGGUUUUCUUUGUGGUCGUUUAAAAAGGAGCAGUGCCAACAUCAGAGGUGUGGAGAUGAUGAAUGUCAACAAACCAUCAGACUUCCUCGUUUUUUUAAUGAAAACAAAAU